ACUCGGAAGGGCAGCACAGCCAUGGCCACCUUUGUGAGGCUCAGCACCAAAGCCAAGAUGCCCAUCGUGGGCUUGGGCACCUGGCAGUCCCCCCUAGACAAAGUCAAGGAGGCUGUGAAGGUGGCCGUUGACACAGGGUAUCGCCACAUCGACUGUGCCUAUUACUACUGUAAUGAGAACCAGGUGGGAGAAGCCAUCCAAGAGAAGAUCCAAGACAAGGCUGUGAAGCGGGAGGACCUCUUCAUCGUUAGCAAGCUGUGGUCUACCUUCUUUGAGAGAACCCUAGCGAAGGAAGCCUGUCAGAAGUCCCUCAUGGAUCUGAGACUGGACUACCUGGACCUCUACCUCAUUCACUGGCCACAGGGGUUACAGGGAUCACAGCCUGGACAAAACUCUCUCCUCAAUGUUGCGGAAAGCAAUGUCCUCUCCAGUAAAUUUACAUUCUUGGAUGCCUGGGAGGCCAUGGAAGAGCUGGUGGAUGUGGGUCUGGUGAAAGCCAUCGGGGUCUCCAACUUCAACCACAUCCAGAUCGAAAGGCUCUUGAACAAACCUGGACUGAAACACAAACCAGUGAUGAACCAGGUUGAGUGUCACCCAUACCUCACGCAGGAGAAGCUGAUCCAGUAUUGCCACUCCAAGGGCAUCACUGUCACGGCAUACAGCCCUCUGGGCUCUCUGAGUAGACCUUGGGCCAAGCCGGAGGACCCUUUCCUGCUGGAGGACCCCACGAUUAAGGAGAUUGCUGCCAAACACAAAAAAACCACAGCCCAGGUUCUGAUCCGGUUCCAGGUCCAGAGGAAUGUGGUCGUGAUCCCCAAGUCCACGACGCCGGCACACAUCGUUGCGAACUUCCAGGUCUUUGACUUUCAAUUGACCGAUGAGGAGAUGAGAACCAUUCUCAGCUUAAAUAGAAACUGGAGGGCCUUCGACGGGGCCUUUUUCUCUCAUUUGGAGGACUUUCCCUUCGAAGCAGAAUAUUGAAGCUGAGUCUCUUGAUGGGAUGACCCCACAGAGUCUCUCUCUCCAUUUCACUGAACUCUCUUGGCCAGAGUCCUAUUUUAGCCGAGCUUGUCUGAAAUCACACUGAGCCUGGCCCUCCUCUAGACCAGAAUCCAGGCAGCCUUGUAUGUAGAGCUACACAUUCAACCAGGGGCAGAUUAUCACCAGGAAAUAGGGCCCAGCAAACACACCACAGGGUUUCCCCCCCACAUAUUUGAUCUAAUCAUGGGACAAUUCUGUUUACACUGUGGGUACAAAGAUUAAAAAGAUAAAGGAUAAUAAUAAUAACCAACAAGUAUUGAGAGUUUACAUAGGCACAGAGAGAGACCUGGUGGUUGCCGAAUGGGGAGGAAGCCUGCCUGGGAGACUGGGAAAAAGAGGUGAAGGGAUUAGGAAGUGCAAAUUGGGAGCCAGAAAAUAGUCCCGGGGAUGCAAAGCACAGCACAAGGAACAUCGUCAAUAAUAAUGCCAGGUGACCACUGGAAUACCGGGGCAGGGACAGUGUGAGCGAUGUGGUUGUCUGACCACUAUGCUGUAUGCCUGAAAC